GGUUCGAAGCCACAGAUUAAAAUUUGAUUUCACCGAAACUGGUUUGAUUGCAAUUUCCGCGUCUCAAAAAAGAGUAGAUUGUUUAUAAUUUUUAAAUUAAAUAAUUAUUGACAAUGAAGAUACAAUCGAGCUUGAUUUGUAUUGUUAGUUUUGUGUGUGCUUUUGUGCAGUCAUCACCUUUAGAAAAAACAAAUGAAAUACUAUCAUCAUCAGAUAAAGUUAAAAAUGUCGUCGAAACAAUGGAACUUCCCGAAGUUGACGGCGACCACUUCAACUAUUUUGGUUAUGGAAGUAAUCUCUUGGCCGCACGAAUUCAUAUCGAGAACGAAUCAGCAGUUCGUAAGGCAGUUGGCAAACUAAAGGACUACCGACUUGAUUUUAAUACCUACACUAAAAGAUGGAACGGAGCUCCAGCCACAAUUGUACCAACAAACAAUUCUGUUGUUUAUGGUGCCAUUUGGUCAAUUGAUUUGAAAGACCUCCCAGAUCUUGACAGACAAGAAGGUGUCCAUAGUAACAUCUAUUUCAACAUAAGUGUCCCAGUUGAAACUGCCAAUGGAACCAUCAUGUGUAGGGCAUACUUACUAACCCAACAACCUACAACUAUUUUACAUGAAGGCGAAGAAGUACCCUUCGAAAGACAACCAUCGAAAACCUAUUUGAAAACUUUGGUCAAAGGAGCCAUCGAAACAGGAAUCCCAGAAACUUACCUCAAUUGGAUGAAAAAGAUAAAACACAAUGGCAAUCUCGUGGAUUCAUUUGAAAAGCAACUUGAGCUGGAAUCAGUUGAACUUUCAUCUUAGCUUAAUCUACAACCUGCUACGAGUAUUUUUGAUAAAACCUUUUCGUAUUGGUGCAUGUUUUAUGAGUUUUGUAAACUUAAAUUUGAAUAUAUCGGCAAAAGUUUUGAAAUACCAAUUAAAAUGUAA